AUGGCGGCGGCGGCGGCGGCGGCGGCGGCGGCGCGAUCGACGACGACGACGACGACGACGACGACGGCUCGCCCGUCCGUCGCGAUCGCGGCCGUCUCGAGGCGACGGCGAGUAGAGAGACGACGCGCGGCGACGCGCGCGCGCGCGGCCGAGAAGAAGAACGAGGACGACGCCGCGGCGGCGCCGUUCACGAACGAGGGCGCGUUCCAGGCCCUGACGGGCCUGAGCGGCGCGACGCCGAGCGGCGGUCCGUUCGGAGGCGCGGGCGCGGCGGGCGGCGCGAGCGAUCCGUUCGCGGCGCCGGCGCCGGCGCCGCCGACGGCGUCCGCACCCGCGGGCUUCGUGUCCGACGGCGUCGACCGCGCGUCGCUGCCCGCGAAAGCCGACGCGGAUCGGCUGCUCGCGCGAUUCGACGCCGACCAGCGGAAGGGUCUCCUCCCGGGGGAGGACACGCGGGAGGGCGCGAAGCGGUGCGCGCAUCCGCCGCUGCGCGCGUCGUGCCGCGCGCUCGCGUCGAAGUCCUCGCGCGUGAUGCUGGGCAUCUGCGCGGGCGACUGCCGGGGCGCGAUAGACGCGCUGAAAGCGUGGACGAGCGACAUGGGGCUCCCGCGCGGGAUGCUGCACGGGCUGGACGUCGACGGCGUCCCGAAGCCGCCGCCGGAGGGCCCGUGCUUCGUGAAGUACAACUCGGACAGCGGCGACGCGUUCGUGUCCGCGUACGGCGGGGAAUAUCGCGGCGUGUUGUUCACGCCGGAGCUCGGCGACGGCGCGUUCAGGCAGUACGGGUAUCUGCCGUUGGACCUGCCGGAGGGUGGGGGGUGCGACGACGACGACGGCGACGACGCGACGUAG